AAGUGCGACGUGUCUCCCCAGCCUUUUUAAAGCUCCUUCCCCGCCGCCUGCCCGGCUUCCUUCCGUCGGUUCGCCUUUCCUCCUCGGAGACCGAGAGAGUCCGGCCGCCAGCCCUGCCAGUCCGCUCUGUGCCAGUCCCGCCGCCUCCGCUGCUGCAGCUGCCGGUGACCACUCGCACCAUGUCCGGGAUCAAGAAGCAAAAGACGGAUGUUCAACAGAAAUCCACGAAUGUAGUCUACCAAGCUCAUCAUGUGAGUAGGAAUAAGAGAGGCCAGGUUGUUGGGACCAGAGGAGGAUUUCGAGGCUGUACAGUGUGGUUAACAGGUCUCUCUGGUGCUGGAAAAACAACCAUCAGCUUUGCCCUAGAAGAAUACCUGGUGUCCCAUGCCAUCCCUUGUUACUCCCUGGAUGGGGACAACGUACGCCAUGGUCUCAACAAAAACCUUGGCUUCUCUGCGGGGGACCGAGAAGAAAACAUUCGCCGGAUCGCUGAGGUGGCCAAGCUCUUUGCCGACGCCGGGCUGGUCUGCAUCACCAGCUUCAUCUCUCCAUUUGCAAAGGACAGGGAGAAUGCUCGUAAAAUUCACGAGUCGGCGGGACUCCCCUUCUUUGAAAUCUUUGUCGACGCCCCUCUGAACAUCUGUGAAAGCAGAGACGUGAAAGGGCUCUACAAGAAAGCCAGGGCUGGGGAAAUCAAAGGGUUUACAGGAAUCGACUCUGAAUAUGAAAAGCCAGAAACUCCUGAACUGGUUGUGAAAACUAACCUGUGGUCUGUGAGCGACUGUGUGCAGCAGGUGGUAGACCUGCUUCAGGAGCAGACCAUCGUGCCCCACUCGGUGACAAAAGGCAUCCACGAGCUUUUCGUCCCCGAAAACCAACUCGACCUGGCCCGGACUGAAGCCGAGAAGCUGCCUUCCUUACCGAUCACCAAGCUCGAUUUGCAGUGGGUCCAGGUGCUGAGCGAAGGUUGGGCCACGCCCCUCAAAGGCUUCAUGCGGGAGAAGGAGUUUUUGCAAGUGAUGCACUUCGACACUUUGCUGGACGGCAUGACCUGUCCUGAUGGUGUCCUCAACCUGAGCAUUCCCAUCGUUCUCCCAGUCUCUGAUGAUGAUAGGAAGCGGCUCCAGGGCUGCAGCGAGUUUGCCCUGGAAUAUGAUGGACGGAAGGUGGCCAUCCUGAGAGACCCAGAAUUCUACGAGCACAGGAAGGAAGAGCGUUGUGCCCGUGUCUGGGGGACCACCUGUGCUCAGCACCCCCACAUCAAGAUGGUGAUGGGGAGUGGAGACUGGCUGGUUGGUGGAGACCUCCAGGCCCUGGAGAGGGUCCGGUGGAAUGACGGUCUGGACCAGUACCGCCUCACGCCACUGGAGCUCAAGCAGCGAUUUAAAGAAAUGAACGCAGAUGCGGUAUUUGCGUUCCAGCUGCGCAAUCCUGUCCACAAUGGCCACGCGCUGCUGAUGCAGGAUACGCGCCGCCGCCUCCUGGAGAGAGGCUACAAGCACCCCGUCCUCUUGCUGCAUCCCCUGGGCGGCUGGACCAAGGACGACGAUGUUCCCUUGCAGUGGCGCAUGAAGCAACACGCGGCCGUGCUCGAGGAAGGGGUCCUGGACCCCAAGUCCACCAUCGUGGCCAUCUUCCCUUCACCAAUGCUCUAUGCUGGCCCCACAGAGGUCCAGUGGCACUGCCGGUCGCGAAUGAUAGCUGGGGCCAAUUUCUACAUCGUAGGCAGGGACCCUGCAGGAAUGCCCCAUCCUGAAUCCAAGAAAGACCUGUAUGAGCCCACUCAUGGGGGAAAGGUCCUGAGCAUGGCUCCUGGCCUCACCUCUGUGGAAAUCAUCCCUUUCCGUGUGGCUGCCUACAACAAGGCCCAGAAAGCCAUGACCUUCUAUGACCCGGCAAGGCACAAUGAGUUUGAUUUCAUCUCGGGAACACGGAUGAGGAAGCUUGCCCGGGAAGGAGAAAAUCCCCCUGAUGGCUUCAUGGCCCCCAAAGCCUGGAAAGUGCUCACAGACUAUUAUAGGUCCCUGGAGAAGGAGAAUUAGAGCCCCUGGGGGCUCCCUCCUCUCUGCACCCAGUGCUCUGCUCUUCAUCUUUCUGCUUUGGUGAUUAGAGGCUUAGGAAUCAUGUAACUUCCUGAUUUUAGGGGAACACUUCCUCACUAGGUCCACAGUGGGCCUGAAACCCAGAAGAACGGUGCCGCGAGGGCAGCCCAGGCAGGCAGGAAGGCCAUGCUCAUCCAGCUCAGAUGACUGUUGUCUGUGUCCCUCCUCUUUUGUGGCAUUGAAGACCAGAGCCAGAGAAGGCUGAGCCCCUCUCCCCAGGAUGCUCAGACACUGUCCUGGGGGCUGAUCAGGAUCCACAGCCAAGAAUCAGCCCAGAGGAGCAGCAUGCUGCCUGAGCAUCCCAGAGACACAGACCCCGGGAAGAGCCCUGGCCCAGCUGGCAUCGAGACCAAAGGGCAUUGUGUGUGUGUGUAUGUGUGUGUGUGUGUAAAGAAAGCCCCAACCCCCAGCCCCAACCCAAACAUGCAUCUUGGUCUCAGACAUUUCUAGGACUCAGGCUCAUAAGGGCCCUUAGAGGUUAACAGACCCUGCAAAGGGCCAUGACCUUGGCCUGAAGUCUUUCAGCUGCCUAAAGCUCACCUGACCCCAACCCCUCAUUUACAGAUGAGGAAAUUAAGGCCUAUAGAAGGGAGCCCCCAAGGUCAGAGCAGAAGUGUCUAGACUUCUUGGAGGGCGGCUUCCUGGGCCAUGCUGUGCAGGGGAUCAAACUCAAAUAGAAAUCAAUCCCUGUGGCCCCAUGUUGGCUUAGAAAACCACAAAUUAACAUUGUCUAGAUUGUGUUGUCUUUUUAUUUAUUUUGUUAAAUAUUUCCCAACCAUAUUUCAUUCUGGACAGGUGAGCCACAUGUAAGCUGCAGGUGUGGCAAGUCUAUCGUGGUCCUUCUCUGCCCCAUUAUUUUUACAGGGAAACAGGCUCAAGAGAAAGGGACUUGCUUAUAGGUCACAGCACAGAGAUCCUAGUGACAGAGCUGGGAUUUGAACCCAGGUCCUCUGCUUCUAUGCCCCAGGCUUUGCCCUGCCGCACCUCAGAAGAGAAAGGUUUCAACAGCCAAGUGAAAACUUGGCCCAAUGAUUUGUCCUGGUCCUGCAGCCUUUUGGGAAAAGUCUCUGUGUCCAGAAGGAAGGCCCAUGGAGAUGCUGGCUUCGGGCCAUCUAAAGUCUGUGGACACUGCCAGUUCUGGGGGGCCUUGGGCUAAGCACUCACCUUCCUGGGCUGAAGUUUCUUUCUCUGUAAAUGGAGAGCUGGACUAAGUCUCUUCCAUCCCAUCAGGCUCCUGGACUCAAGUCCAUCAGAUCCUAGAAUAUUAUAGCUGGAAAGGAACCCAAGGCCACUGAGCUUCACCCUUCAGUGUGUGACUGAAGAAUGGAGGAGUGGAGGGACUUGUCCAAGGUCACACAGCUGAUUAGUGGGAAAGCUCUGGCUAGAAAAUCUUCUGGACUCCCAGUCCUACAGUUUCCACACAUCAUACAAGGUUACAACUCUGUGACAAAAGAGGCCUGACCUAAGUGAACCCCUGCUACCCAGAAUACAGCCUUCAUCAGUAGGAGAACUUCCCUGUCCUCCUCCCUGGCCCUUGGGCCAAUGGUGGGGACAGCCCCAAGCAGGACCCUGGAGGGAAGGAGAUUCAAGUUCACAGAGGCAGGAGUUCAAAGUCACAGGGGCAGGAGUCCAAAGUCACAGGGGCAGCAGGCCUCUGGAGGGGCAGGAGAGCCACUUUCUUCAGAGGGAUCCAUUUGCAUGGACCCUACAUGUCCAGCUCAUCUCAUGAUGUCCAUUCCAGAAGUCCAUCUUUCAUGGAAACCAAAGCAUCCUUCUAGUUUAGAGAGCAAUAAUUCAUUCCCUUGCCACUACUAAAGAAAGCACCCCUUCUUUAUAUGGACUCCGUCUCAUUAGCAGAGAUGGGGGCAAGAAAGGAAUAUUGGGACUUCUCUCAUUUUCGGUUUCCUUUCAAAAUUUUAGCCUUCUGCCUAUGAAAGUUCUCACCAUAAUGUGCCUCAUGCAAACAUAGCAAAGCCUGGCUGGCCCGGUCUUUCUUCAACACUGUGUGAUCUGUCUCUCUAGAGGAAGCUGCUUGCUUGCUUUUUUUUUUUUUGUAGCAUAUUUAUUAAAAACAUGAGAACGGGUUGAGUGCCUUAGCUAAAGUGUCUCAUGGCUUAGAAGAUGUUCUGAAAUAGGCAUUAAGCUGCUCUUGCAACACUCAAUGCAAAAAUGAAUAUUUCUACGUGCAAAUGAUUGCUUUUUCAUGUUUUAAUAAACAUCUUAUAAUGGAA